GAAGAAUCAUUUUGAGUUCAAAAACGUUUUAUUUUUAUGGAAAACAUAAAAAUUUUAAUAAGCAUAAUUAUAAUAACAUUAACGUUAGCAAGUAUAAUGUAAAAUGUAAUGAUGCGUUAUUACAUGUCGAAAUAUGAUUAGCCUAAAUGCUGUACAAGUGUUGUUCGUUAUUAGUUAAUCUUCGUAAAUAUACUAAGGUCUUCAACAACAAAAAAAAUCAGAUUAUAAACAUUGUCAGCUUUCCCCCCGUUUUUUAAAAAUAAGUUUAGGCCAUUUGCAGAAUGGCAGAAAUAAAAUGUUUCCAGACCGGUCUUUGUAAAUAUACAGCAUAUAUGAGAUAUAUUAUUAUUAUUAUUAUAUAAAACGGUUUCAUUAAUUCUUUAUGUGAAUACAAAAACAAAGACUUGAAGUGACUCCUGAAAGAUCCACUAAAAUUAUUGUCUUUUAUUUUGUAUUAAAUUUUUAAUGAAUUUUUAAACGGGUCAAUCACGUUUCGGCUGGGUGUUAUUGGAAUUUAGAAUGUCAUUUGAUGUUCUAAAACACGUUCUAAAGAUGACGUUCUGCUGAACAGGCGCCAUUACACACAAUUCACUGUAGUGUGAACACAUACGAAGACUUUCUUCGUCUUUACUGACAGUUAAUUGUUCGUAGAUUUGUGCUUUUCAAAUUGGUAACUAUUUACUCUUUAAAAUGUUUACAUUACUCGGAGUAAUUGCGUUAGUCCUGCGGGGAAGGACAGAAAACAAACCCCACUCAGAUCGAGAAGAACCCGUGGAGAAGAACUCUCCACCCACGAUGACCAGAGAUGGUAAAUUAUGUAGAGAUGUUGUAAGAACACCAAAGUCUGCAUAUAGGGCCCUAAACUCAAUGUCGUUGAAGUUUUUUAUUAAUAAUGUUUUAAACUAUAUUUAUUUAGUUUUAUUAAUCAGUUUUAUGAAGUCUGUAACAUACAGUUGAUUUAGUAUAUUUCUUCAGCUAUUCUCCAUAUUUCCUACCCAGCACUUCAAGUUAAAUAAAUAAAUGAACUCAACAUCCUACAGUUUACUACAUACAGUAGCAUACAAGUUCAUACUGUCAUGCAUUUACACAAAACUGAAAUUCAUUCCUUUAAGCUGAAUUUAAGGUGAUGUUUUAUUUAUGAUGAAAUGACAUGGCAACUUAAUUAUUUACUAAUAGGAGCUGUCAAAACACAAGAAGCAUGACAAACACAUCCAUGCAUGUUGAAUCCACAAAACUACACCUCACAUAGUCACUUCAUAAUUGUUAUCAUUCAAUAAUAUGGCUAAAUGAUAUUUGAUUUAUAAAAUGUGAACAAAACAAUCCUUAGUUAUUACAUAUUAUUUCUCUUUUAGGUCGAGAAAUUGAUGAUAGGACUGAACACCUGUCAUCGGAGGAACUAAGCACCAGUGGUUGUCCAGUCCAUGUUGACGACCACAGUGAUGUCCUCCAUUCUCCCAUCACUGCACCGACCCUCCAAACUCCAGACCAUGCUGCAGCUCAAAGUGUUGACGACGUCCCUACAGCCUGUGCCAUGUCCGACUGUAGUGAGGAUGAUGUCCUUCAAGCUGCAGUGCCUUUGCUAGCUGACUUGUGUGCACGUGUUCUUCAGGACACUGAGCCACAGUCAUGCCAGCAGCAGGAUAUGGAGAAAACUGUGACUGGUCGAGAAAUUGAUGAUUGGACUCAAUACCUCUCAUCGGAGGAACCAAGCACCAGUGGCUGUCCAGUCCAUGUUGACGACCACAGUGUUGUCCUCUAUUCUCCCGACUGCAGUGAGGAUGAUGUCCUUCAAGCUGCAGUGCCUUUGCUAGCUAACUUGUGUGCACGUGUUCUUCGGGACACUGAGCCACAGUCAUGCCAGCUACAGAAUUUGGAGAAAACAGUGAUCGGUCGAGAAAUUGAUGAUUGGACUCAAUACCUCUCAUCGGAGGAACCAAGCACCAGUGGCUGUCCAGUCCAUGUUGACGACCACAGUGUUGUCCUCUAUUCUCCCGACUGUAGUGAGGAUGAUGUCCUUCAAGUUGCAGUGCCUUUGCUAGCUAACUUGUGUGCACGUGUUCUUCGGGACACUGAGCCACAGUCAUGCCAGCUACAGAAUUUGGAGAAAACAGUGAUCGGUCGAGAUAUUGAUGAUAGGACUGAAUACCUGUUAUCGGAGGAACUAGGCACCAGUGGUUGUCCAGUCCGUGUUGACGACCACAGUGAUGUCCUCCAAUCUCCCAGCACUGAACUGACCCUCCAAACUCCAGACCAUGCUGCAGCUCAAAGUGUUGACGACGUCCCUACAGCCUGUGCCACGUCCGACUGUAGUGAGGAUGAUGUCCUUCAAGCUGCAGUGCCAUCAGUUCCUCAGGAGAAGGAGAAAACAAUUUUCGUCAUCAAUUCACGCCAAUAUGAAGUUGGUGAUGAGCUCGGUGAAGGAGGUUUUGGAACCGUCUAUGCAGCGACUCGUUUGGAUGAUGGACUUCAGGUUGCAGUGAAAUACUGCUCGAUGUUCGACACAACGUUCAUCCGCAUUGAUGGUUUUGCUCAACCACUUCCAAUAGAAAUUGCUCUUCAAACCCUUGUGAAUCAAGGCCCAAGGGUUCCUGAAAUUAUUGAGCUUCUGGACUGGAAGGUGGAACGUGACUUCUACUGCAUGGUCCUGGAACGGCCCAUACCCUGUCAGCCCUUGAACAAUUUCAUAGAAAGCUAUGUUGGGUCCAUUGAUGAAGAUGACAUACGGUUCAUCAUGAAACAGGUCGUAUUCGCAGCUCAAACUUGCUGUCAAAGAAAAGUGUUACACCGAGAUAUCAAGCUGGAGAACCUUCUGAUCAACCCGAACACCCUUGAGGUCAAAUUGAUUGACUUCGGGUGCGGGGAUAUCCUCGAAGAUGAGGCUUACACAGACUAUUCUGGCACAGCGGAGUAUCGUCCUCCUGAGUUUCUGGAGACUGGCAAAUACCACGGAGAACCAGCGACAGUGUGGUCUCUCGGAAUAGUCUUGUUUGUAAUGCUUUUCUGGAAGUUUCCAACAAGACGAGAACUGAAUACGAUCAUGAAUAAAGACAUAGAAGGCCUGUCAGAAGAAUGCUGCGAUUUUAUGCGCUGUUGUCUCAAGAUAGACCCCAGAGAGCGGAUUAAACUGGAGCGACUCAACCGCCACAGCUGGAUUAAGACCAACGAAGAGAAGAAGAGCAGCGAAAUAAUGGUCAUCAACUCAUCCUCUUAUGAACUUGGCGUUCUGCUGGGUAAAGGAGGCUUUGGACUUGUUCAAGCUGCAACCCGACUAGAGGAUGGCCUUCAGGUGGCAAUUAAAACUGCCUACAACGAGAACGUCAAGUUCAUCGACAUUGACGGCUAUCCGGAAUCACUUCCAAUGGAGGUUGCUCUUUUAGUUCUUGCAAACCAAGAGCCCGCAAUACAGGAAAUAAUUAAGCUUUUGGACUGGCGCGUGGAUGAGGACGAAUACAUCAUGGUCCUAGAGCGGCCUAUGCCCUCUGAAGAGCUGCUCUCCUUUCUCCUGCGCCAAGAGUCGAUCAUCGAUGAGGAUGGGGCACGGUUGAUCAUGUGGCAGGUAAUAUUUGCAGCUCAAACGUGCUGCAGACGCAAAGUCUUUCAUCGCGAUAUCAAGAUGGAGAACAUCCUGAUCAACCCGGACACCCUCGAAAUCAAAUUGAUCGACUUUGGAUGCGGGGAAAUCCUCACCGAUGCUCCUUACACAAGUUUUGCUGGCACAGAUGACUAUGUCCCACCUGAGUAUCGGAUAACUGGCGAGUACCACGGUAAAACAACGACAGUGUGGUCUCUUGGGCUACUCCUUUAUGUGAUGAUGUGUGGAGAUUUUCCAAAUCGACACGACCUGCAAAUGAUCAGACGUAACAUCUGGACCAAAGAUCACUUGACAAAAGAAUGCUGUGAUUUGAUCCGCUGCUGUCUCCAGAUCGAGCCAGAGCAGCGAAUUGAACUUGAGAAACUGAGUCUCCAUGACUGGUUUACGCCUGAAGACGUGGAAAGACCUGCACCCGAGAACCGCAUCGUCCAUCAGCAGUCAGAGGAUCCCCCAUUUUUUAAUAUUCCCUUCUUUUUACUUGUUAGUUUUUUCUUUAGAUAUUAUUGUAUAUUUUAGUAUGACUGAUGAUAGUAGUUAAAAAAAACAUAAACACUAAAAAAAGGAAGUUGUAGCCAGCCAUGACAGCAACCCUGUGCCACCUCAAGACCAGAAAUCUUCAAGACCCCAGACUGAUUCAUCCGACUGAUUCAUCAGCUGUUAUGGCAUCCCCAUUUUUUAUUGUAUUUUUUAUUAAUUUAUUUUAUCAAUAAAU